AUGACUUCAACAUUCCCAAUGCAACAACCAUUCUAUCGUCCAGCUCCUCUGACCGUGGACACGACCCAUUCACAGAAGUACUUCGAAGACGAAGACAACAGCGUAUUAGACGACAACAUCCUUGACCAGAACAACAUCGACUCCGGUCUUGAACUCUCGCCCCCCAUGGCUGACAGCCGCCGAGAAUCCUUUGCCGUCGGGCCUCCUCUGUUCUCUCCCAAGACCGAGGAUUGGCAGUCGGUCGACAUGCAGUCGGUUCCUUCAAACAACCCCUUCUUGGACCAGCACAGCAACAACCCCUUCAUGCGCCUCGACCAGAACCAGCCCAAUGUCUUCGCUCAAACAGCCAACUGGUCCGGUACUUGCACUCCUCUUCAUCCCUUCGACGGUGUCCCUGCCGAGUAUGAUGCGAAUGCCUCCAUCUUCCAGCGACCCAUGGCCGGCCCUACGCCUUUCACAAAUGCCGGAAACAUGUUCACGCCGCUCCCCGCCGGUAACCAGUCCAUCCCCACUUCCCCCCAGAAGGAGUGGAUGGCCCCUCACCAGGCUAUGAACAAGAAGAUGCGACCUAACAGCCCCGCUAUCCGCUCCCACAACGAUAUGCGACGAGGCGAUGGCAUCCGCAAGAAGAACGCUCGCUUCGACAUCCCGGCCGAGCGCAACCUCAGCAACAUUGACCAGCUUAUUGCCCAGUCUACGGAUGAACAAGAGAUCAAGGAGCUCAAGCAGCAAAAGCGCCUGCUUCGCAACCGACAAGCAGCCCUUGACUCAAGACAGCGCAAGAAGCAGCACACUGAGCGUCUGGAGGAUGAGAAGAAGCAGUACACAGCUCUCAUCAACGACAUGGAGGAGGAGAUGACCGAGCUCCGUGGCAAGCUUGAGCAGCUUCUCCUGGAGAAGCAAUCAUACACCAACUACAUCGAGAACCUUAACCUCGAGAAGGAGGAGAUGAUCCGCUCUCACACUAUCGAGACUGGCGAGCUUAGGAAGAAGGUCGGCGUCCUCACCGAGCAUGUGCAGCGACUCGAGAGCACCGCCGUGCCUUCCAACGCGACCGGCAACAACGGCUUCUCGGGCGCAUUCGACGACAUGAACGACAUGGGUAUGGGUGGCGCUUGGGAUGCAUCCAACUUCCUCCACGACUACCCCGUCGAGCCCGAGGUCAAGCAGGAGAUGGCCAUUGUUCCCGCCAAGAAGAACGAGAACAACCCCUUCAGUGUCGAGGGCGACAAGCCCGCCGCUCAGGGCGGCCUCCUCUUCAUGCUCUUCCUCGUCGGCGCCUUUGUUCUCUCGAGCCGAUCGACCCCAUCGAUCCCCCGCGUUUCGGAAGACGUCCGGGCUGCUUCGGCCACCCUUCUGGACAACGUCCUCAAGGACGCCGGUGUCAACUCUCAGUCAGCGAGCCUGCAGGCGGCUGCUCCUCAGCCCUCUGGUGCCGCCAACUGGGGCAACGCUAUGCCUAUGAACGACAUGGUGAUGGAGGGUGUUGCGCCAUCGAUGCUUGCUGAGCUCGGUGAUGCACUGACCCAGCCGACGCAGGAACAGACCAACGAGCAGAUCUUCUCCCUGUCGGCGGCGCAGUACAACGGUGUCAACUCGCAAGAGUUCCUCCAGAACGCUCCCGAGAGGUCUUCCCCCAGCCAAGGUCGCCGAAACUUGGCCGAUGCCCUGGCGUCGAUGCGAACCACAAACAAACAAAACGGUGCAGCAGAGGUCUACACGCGCUCUCUCCUCUGGGACCAGAUCCCAAGCGAGGUAGUGCGCAACUUUGCGAAAAUGGUGGCAGAAUGCAACAACGCACAGAAUGAGCAGCAAUGCAACGAAGCAAGGACAUGA